AUGGAUUUUAAGUGUGUAGCAGUUGACCUAAUGAAUUGUCAUUCACAACAAAAUAAUAAACAAUCCAAUUGGUCACCUAGAGUCCGCUAGAAUGUCAAUUUGUCGAGCUUGUGGUCAAAAUUUGUUGGAUUUCGAUCAAAGAGAGUGUUUGGAAGAGUAUGCUGAGAUAUACUUUCAUUUGACGUCGAUUAGGCUUCAUGAGCACGAAGAUCCUAGCCAGUCUGUACUGUGUAGCUUGUGUAUCAAAAAGCUUGAAGACUUCGACAAAUUUCGAAAAACCUGCAUUCAAGUCCAUUGGUCGUUACAGAAUGUAAAAGCCGAAAACUCCGAAGAAGUAUGUCAGGAAACUAUCGCAGUAGAAAUCGAAUUAAAGUCGGAAUAUGGCGAAGAAGAAAACCGUUUGUUAUUUUUAACUGAUAACAGCUCAAAUGAACAAAGUAAUAAUAAUGUUAAUGACGAUGGAAGCGAACCUAAGCGUGCCAGAAAAUACAAAACUUGGGCUACACGAUCAAAAAAAGGCAAGUAUGAAGACGACCCAAAGAAGCCCAAAAAGAAAAAUGCGAGAAAGGACAACCAAGUACAGCGAGAUCCCAAAGAACAGCGGCAAAUUUACAGCUGCGAGCAAUGUCCCAAACGAUUUCACAUGCAAUCAAAAUUUGAAGCGCACAAACGUACUCAUGACGGACUUAAACCGUAUGAAUGUGAAAUAUGCCAUCAUUCGUUUACCGGUUGGCACUAUCUCCGGUUUCAUCGCAUCCAGAAACAUAGCGGCAAUAAGGUAUUGCUACCUUGCGAUCAUCCGGGUUGUGAGCAACAAUUUUCAACCCGUUAUGCUCUCAAGCGUCAUAAGACACGAACUCAUGAUCCUAACUUUGUCCCUGAAGCAACGGUAUUUGUUUGUGAUACCUGUGGCAAAACAUUUAAUUCUAACGGGAAUCUGAAAAAGCACAAAUACACACAUACACCUGCGGAAAUGCCUUUUGUUUGCGGAGUUUGUUCAAAACAGUUCCCAACGUCAAACAAGCUAAAGGAACACAAUCUCCGGCACGAGGGCGUGAAAAAUCACACUUGUCCACAGUGUGGACUACGCAAAACAACCAUGCACGAGUUGCGUCAGCAUAUUAAGCACAUGCACGCGGCACCGCGCUCUGUUGCAUGCGAAAUUUGUCCACGUCGGUUCAACAAUGUAGGAAGCCUCAACGUUCAUGUCAGAAUAGUACAUUUGGGAGAAAAACGGUACAAGUGUACAGUUUGUGAAUGGGCUUUCGGCAGAAGCGAUCAUUUGAAGCGACACAUGAAAAGUCAUAUGGGCUGAUCUGCAUUCGGAUUUAGAUAUUUAAUAUGACUGCUGGAAGGUUGAAACAUUGUGCGAUACGUGACUUAAUAAAUUAGCAGGGCUACCUAGUGCUAGGAAGCUACUGUCAAC